AUGCUGCUCACCGUUUUCCUCAGCGCGUGCUGGAUUGGCGUGGCUUUAGCCGACUCGGGACCACAUCUGGCCAAUGACUGGGGGGAGUCCGUCCGUCUGAGGCACCUGUACGCAGCAAGACCCGGUCUGCACCUGCAGAUCAGCAAAGACGGGAAGAUCGGAGGAUCGCACGUGCAGAGCUCGCACAGUUUGGUGGAGAUUCGCACCGUGGACACGGGCUGUGUGGUUAUUAAAGGUGUCGCGAGCUCACAGUAUCUCUGCAUGGAAGCCAAUGGCAAGCUGUAUGGCUCGUACAUUUAUAUCAAGGAGGACUGCUCUUUUCUUGAGCAAAUCAUGCCAGAUGGCUACAACAUCUACAUCUCGGGUAAACACGGGACCCUCGUGAGCUUGGGUGGUGGAAAAAACCGACGUCAAAACUCCCUGUCACAGUUUCUGCCCUUGCUCAAUACUCUGCCACAGGAGCCUACAGAGUACAACCUGAAAAAAGUGCAUUCUCUAGGUGACCCAGAACAGGAUCUUCACUUUGGUGUCCAAGCGGACAGCAUGGAAUCCUUUGGAAGGAUCUCCCAGAUUGUCAUUCAAAGCCCAAGUUUCAACAAAAGAUGA